UUGGUCUUGAUUCUUCACCCGGGCGCUUUGCUUCUCUGGAAUCGAAUCCCUCCCGCCAUCAACCUUGCCCUUUUUUUCUGCCUUGCCUUCCCCCAUCCCCCAUCCCCCAUCCUCUAGCCCCUCUACCCUAUCGUUGUCGUCUACGCCAAAACAACGACGACAACAUCAACUGUACAUCUAGGAACGAGGAAACGACGCUCCACUAACAAUCCUCGCGGACACGAUGGCAGAAAGGAUGGCGGAUACGAAGCACGAGAAGAUGUUCGAUUCGGACACCCCCUCGGGGCAAGAGCUGGGGUCCAGCACCGAGGUAGUUGGCCAAGUCAGCGAUAUCUCGGCAUCUGAGGCGCAAAAAGUAGCCAUGGGCCACGCUCACUUCAAAAGGUUAGGAUGGAAGCGACUAACAGUGGUUCUCAUCGUCGAGGCUAUCGCUCUCGGUAGUCUGAGUAUGCCUGCGGCGUUUGCCACCUUGGGAAUGGUGGCGGGUGUCAUCCUCAGCGUUGGCUUGGGCCUUCUUGCCAUCUACACGAGUUAUGUCGUCGGCCAGGUUAAGCUGAAAUUCCCGGACGUGCAGCACUACGCGGAUGCCGGUCGUUUGAUCAUGGGUAAAUUCGGAUAUGAGCUGGUCGGUGGAAUGUUCGUAUUGCAACUGGUGUUCCUCGUCGGAUCUCACUGUCUGACUGGUACUAUCGCCUUCCUCAACAUCACCAACAAUGGCACCUGCUCGUUAGUCUUCGGUGUCGUCUCGGCUAUCAUCCUCCUGCUCCUCGCUAUUCCGCCCUCUUUUGCCGAGGUGGCCAUCCUAGGUUACAUCGACUUCGUUUCUAUCAUGGGCGCUAUCUUCAUCACGAUCAUUGCGACUGGUGUGCAACGAACAGAUUCCGGAAUUCCAUCUGACUGGUCCGCUUGGCCUAAGGACAACCUCACCUUCACCGAGGCUUUCAUUGCCAUCACGAACAUCGUUUUCGCCUACAGCUUCGCCAUCUGCCAGUUCUCGUUCAUGGAUGAAAUGCACACUCCCAAGCACUUCGUCAAGUCCAUCUGGGCACUAGGUUUGAUCGAGAUCGUAAUCUACACCCUCACCGGAGCCUUGAUCUACUGCUUCGUGGGCCAGGGCGUCAAGUCUCCGUCCCUACUGUCGGCCGGAGAUCUGGUUUCCAAGGUCGCCUUCGGCAUUGCUCUGCCCGUCAUCUUCAUCUCCGGAUCCAUCAACGGUACCGUCGUAGGCCGAUACAUCCACGGCCGCAUUUACCGGGACUCGGUCACCCGAUUCAUCAACACCACUAAGGGCUGGGUCACGUGGUUGGCACUCAUCACGGUCAUCACCAUCAUCGCGUGGGUUAUCGCUGAGGCUAUUCCCUUCUUCUCCGAUCUUCUCGCCAUCUCCUCGGCGCUGUUCAUCUCCGGAUUCACGUUCUACUUCCCUGCCAUCUUCUGGUUCAUGCUCAUCAAGCAGGGCAAGUGGUACGCCAAGGAGAACAUUCUGAAGAGUCUUCUUAACGCCUUGGUAUUCAUUAUCGGAGCGGUUGUGCUAGUUGGUGGCACGUAUGCUAGUAUCGUCGACAUCAUGGACGGAUACGAAAAGGGCAAAGUCCGCGGUGCCUUCACAUGUGCUCCCUUCGAGUAAAAAAAAGGGGAAAACUGAAGGCUCAGAAAGAUAAUUUUUUCUAUUUUAUUUAUGCUCCCUGGAUGGAAUAUAGAAGACGCGCGCCUUUCUUCACGACCAUGAUUGGGACUAUCGAUGACAUUAUGAUACCUCGUUUUCUAUUUUUCAAGCAUCGCGCGCGAGCAAUGGGUUCAUAGCAUCUGGUUUCUAGAGCACUGGAUAAGCACCUCGUGGAUAAAAAAAAAUCCGAUACCUAUUCCCAGAAGGAGUUUGAGGGUGGCA